AUGUUACUUUUUGGCAAACGUCUCCGACGUCGUUCAUUAGCGCUGCUGACAGAUCGAUUGGCCGCGUGCUCUGGAGUAGGCCAACAUGAUGAUCCAGUAGCAAGACUUGAGCACGAACCACCGACAGAAUCACUGACUACUGUUGAGCAAUCACUCUGCGGGCCGCUGUUUAUUAUUCGGGAUCCAUUUUUACCUCCAGAAUUGUACCGAGUCCUGCUGCUUAGUCCACCGAACAAGCUAAUGUCAUCAAAGCAACUAUUGAAGAAUUAUGAUCAAAGUCUUCACUGUCGUCGCCAGAUAUGUCAUCACUUUGAUUGUCAUGCUGAUUUAUGCCCAUACCUUGGGCAUCCUGAUCAUCUUGAUCAUCGGAAUCUUCAGCUCCCGUAG